AUUGAUCGCCAAGUGCAGUGGCCCUCAUAUCCAGAGAUGGCGUUCAACAACACGUAUGGCAUAGAAACCGUCAACAAGACGGUGUACCAGGGCAUGAUCGAUGCUUACUACGCGGAAGGAGGCUGCCGUGACAGGAUUGAUGCCUGUCGUGAACUCUCUGCAAUCUAUGACUCAGAUAACAUCGGUAUCAACGCGACCGUCAACAACGUCUGUCAAGACGCAGAAACAUACUGCACAGUCAAUGUUCGCGACCCCUAUCUCAAUGUCUCGGGCCGUGAUUACUAUGACGUAACACAGAUUGACCCAACGCUGUUCCCACCCCCCUUCACCGCCGGAUAUCUCAAUCAGCCGUACGUUCAAUCUGCCCUCGGAGUACCCUUGAACUGGACAGGCAGCUCUAGCGCAUCGUCCUCUGCCUUCCGCAGUAUCGGAGACUAUCCCCGUCCAGGCUGGAUCGAAGACAUCGCAUACCUCCUCCACAGCGGGAUCAAGGUUUCUCUCAUGUUUCGCGACCGCGACUUUGCGUGUAACUGGAUCGGCGGAGAACAAGUUGCGCUGGCGAUUCCCUGGGCAGACCAAGAGAAGUUUGCCAAGGCGGGCUACGAGCCUUUACAGACCAAUUCUACGUACGAAGGCGGUCAGGUUCGGCAGUAUGGUAAUCUGUCAUUUAUUCGAGUCUACCAGGCUGGACACGCAGUGCCGUCGUACCAGCCGGAAUCCGCAUAUCGAAUUUUCAACCGUGCUCUCUUCAACAAGGACAUCGCAACAGGCCUCGUUGAUACCGCGACAAACCUGACAUAUGCCACCGAAGGGCCUGCCGACACAUUUGGUAUUAAGAACAAAAUUCCGCCUCAAUACGAGGAUUUCUGUUAUGUUCUUGACCCGAGUACGUGCAGCAAUGAGCAGGUUAAUGCGAUGCGUAACGGAACGGGCAUCAUCAAAGAUUACAUCAUGAUUGAGCCAGCUUCGCAGCAGGGAGCUGCGAUCGGUUUGAAAGCAAGAGAAAUUCUCGACGAAGCGUAGAACACGACUUGUGGCGAAGUCAUGGCAAUCGUCACAACACUCUUCAUGACGUGCUCGAUGAUGGAUAAAUGUCCCUUAGUCAUAAAGCGAAGUAGCCAGGCACAAUAAGAUCAAGUCUACCAAAGUCCAUGUACACAUAAUCGCUUUAUCUUGAUGAUAGCGGCCAUGGAAAGAACAC